AUGGCCGUGACAGCGGCACCCGGACCCCCGAGCGGGGGCACAGCCCGGCCCGCCCUGCGCUGCCCCCCCGCCGCGCUGAGGGGCGGCGGCCGCGCCCCGGCCCCGCCUGUCCCCCCGCGCCCCCCGGGCCGUCCUGGGGCCGUCCCGGAGCUCUCCUCGGGGCCGUCUCCGCCCGCCCCUCCCCGGACCGGGCUCACCUGCCGGGGGUGGGAAGGGCCCGCAGCGCCGGCCCGGAACCGAAACGCGCCAGCGCGGGCCGCGCCCCGGAAGGAAACGCCGUGCGGACCGUGCGCCCGCGCACCGCCCCCGCCCGCGGGGUGUGCCCAGAGGGGGUGGGGCCGCGCAAAGUCACGUGAUUGCCAACCCUAUAUAAAGGCCGCGCAGGAAGUUCGCACCCUCUUUGUUCCUGAGGCGCGGAGGGGUGGGAGGGCUUCGUGCAGCCGCCGCGACGGAUCAGCUAUACUAUUCCUUUUUGUGACUUCAAAACAGAUCUGCCACCAAAUGCACAGCCUUGAUGCCACUUCACAAGGAUUUGACUCCUGCACUCAGCAGACAUGCAGAAGGAACAUCACCUGGCACUGGGAGAUGAAGCUCUAACCUGUGCAAGAUUGCCCUGGACAGAGGUGACCUGUGCCUCUUGUGUGAGAAGCUAUUUCAUCUGUUACUGAUGUUGGUGAAGCCAAGGACUUCCUAAUUGCAGGCUUCUAAAAUGUUUCUCCUUGCAAGGUGCAGUGGAGCUGGGAAGUGGGGCAGUUGGGAGUGCUGCCAGCAAAAGGGUGAAUCUCGUGGGGAGUUCCUGUGAGAAACAAGGUGGAUGUGCCUGAGGAAAGUGUGGAGUACAUGGAGGUUUGUAAUUCCUGGAAUACUGUCUUUGUGCUGAAUGCCUAGGUAGUGGUACCUAAAAGGUGUCCUGUAAGAGAUCUGAUUUGUCUUCCCUUUAUUGUAUUCUGAUUCUCCUGCUCCCAUCUACUGUGGGAAUAAACAUGUGCCUGAAGCAAGAAUGCACUUCUGUGUGGUUCUGAAUUUGCUAUGAAAAGGAAGGACUGUUUCUGAGCAGGUACCCAAGUGUAGUCAGUGGUAAACUUGGUGUGGAGUUCUGACUGAACAGAAGAUGUGGCCUCAAUGACUCUAAAUUAAAUUGGGAGUUUAUUGCAACGUUGCACUGUGUAAUUAAAAGAAAAACAACCCUAUAUUCUCUAGUUGUCACUUCUCAGCAAUUUUUGCUGAUCUUUAUGCUGGCUCUACACAAAUUUAGACUCAAGUUCUAGAUAUUUGCUGUAUGAUCUUGUUUCCCAACAGACUGGUUCUCAUUUUUAAAGAUAGGUUCUUGGGAUGAUUUCUAUGAGACUUGUAAUUUGGGUAUCUAAACUCAUUAAAUACAAUUUUCCAAUGGGGAGAGACAGCAUCACAAAGCAAGUAGUAGCUUUGUACUUACCCUGUUUCUUCCAAUGUUUGUAAUUCUGUAUUUCCAAUUCAGUUAGGAUUUGUAAGCUUUGUGUCUCCUAUAUUUGGGUGUUGCAAGUUGAACUUGUGAGUUGCCAGCUGAAAGGCAGCCUUCCCCCAGGUAAAAUUAGUUUGGUGAAUAGGAAUUCAUAGAUAAACAAACUUGCAAAUAGUGCUGCUGUCUGUUAUUCUGAAAGUACCUCUCUCUUCUCAGGAAAGGACUGUGCUGUUUGCAGCCUCACUGGGCGAGGAAGCAACUUUGCAAUUACUGUAUGAAGAACUGAGAAGGUGGAGGAUUGCAGUAUAAUGGGCUACACUUGCAUGAACAGCAUUAAAAAGCCCAGGUGUUUUUUACCCCACUGGUAAUGUUUGCCUGAUGCUGGUUGGAACCAAUAAAAAUCUGCAAACUCUG